AUGAGCAUAAUCAGAGAAAAUAACAAAAAUAGAGGUAGAGUCUAUCGUUGCUUUGCCAUUUUUAAUUGUGAUCGUUUAGAAUUCACUCAUAUUUAAAAACGACGAUGCAAUAAAUCUUAUGAAUCCUCUUAUCAAGAUGUUAGAAAUUAAGCUGAAAAUUGUUACUCUAUACAUUCUUUAGAAUUAAGUUAUAAGAAUGCUUAUUCAGAAUGGUUUGGAAUCUUGGAUUAACCAUAAAGUAAUUCAUUCUAAAUAUUUUAUAGAGUGUUAUUUCAUGUUUAUGCUUUUUCCACAAACCAACAUCUAAUUAGUAAAUGAAGCCUUAAAUUAACUAAUUAAAUUAAUAUCCUCAAUACCCAAUUAUUACCAUGUAAAUAUCUAAAGCUAUGUAGUUAACUUCUGAACAAUUAGAUCAACUUAAAAGAGCAGAAAUAAGGAAACUAAUAGACAAAUUGGAAAAUGAAUAUAUUGAAAAAGAAGGUAUUAUGGGUAAUCCUUCAGAAGAUGAAUAAGCUGGAAGUAAGAUUAUUAGUUUUAAUCCUAUUAAGUAUAAAUAUAUUAUAAAAUAGAUCAAAUCCUCCAAGUUCAUUCAGAUCAAAUUUUUAAUUAUAAACAUCUAAAAAUGAUACUCUAAUUAUAUCAUAAAAAGAACUUGCUUAGACUAAAACUGUGGAUAAAGAAUAUGUUGAAUUUGGCGUCUAUAGAGGAUUUGCUAUAUUCAGUCUUUAAUUAUAAAAAAUCAUUUUUUAAAUUAGAAGAGGAUCUAAAUAAGCAUUUACAUAAUCAAUUAAUAAUAUUGAAAAAUUAUUAAAGGUAAAUUCUAAAUAACCUGAACAAUACUCUAUUUUCAUUGAAAAAGUCAAUCCCAGAGCAGAAUGGCAUGGGAAAUAUCAUAAACGUGAUUGUAUUUAUUGUUAUUUGAUUUAAUAGAAUGCUAUUAUUUAAUUAUGACAUUUUAGAAUGCUGAUCCAGAGGAAUGCAAUAAAACUUUAAAAUUAGCUAUAAGUAGAUUUUCUAAAGAUCCACAUUUUGUUUAAUAUUCAUAAUAAGAAUUGAAUGAUAAAUAUCUUUGGGAUGUCAGCAAUCUAUUGAAAUCUUCAGAAAGACAUUAUGAAUAUGAUCAAAGUCAUUUAGGUGUACCUAGUGAUGAUGAAAUUAUACCUAAAUUAGAUAUACUAAAAUCAAGUACUUUAGGAUUAACUAAAAAUUAUUCAUCUUUUUCAGCAUCUAAAAUGGAAUUAAUUUAAAUGUAGAUAUUACCAAGAUCUCAUUUAAUGUAAUUAGGAGAAACUGAUUUAGAUUCUCCUAUAUAAACAAAAGAAACCAUUUUAAAUAAGCUUGAUCAUUUUGAACCAUUGGUUAAUGAUACAGAAGAUAUAUUGUAAUACGGUGUAAUAACUUCUCUUGUUAUUCUGUUAAUUAUUUUUGCAUAUUUGAUAUUAAAAUGAAAUAUAAUAUUUAUAAUAUUUGUAAAUGGAGACUACAGCAGUACUUACUACAAAUACAUUUAAAUUAACAGGCAAUCUCAAACCACUUGAUAAAGAUAUAGUUUAACCUUAUAAUAUAAUAGUAAAAUCACCUAAACUAAACAGAUGUUUGUUAAAUUGGCUGUUGAAUUGAAUGGUAAAAUACAAGCAUUCUAAAAAACUAACAGUGCAAAUAUUUCAAGUUACAAUUUAAUCUUAUAUCUAUAAAUUUGGAAAAUAAACAUAAUGAACAACAUAAUCAAUUUAAGAAUUUCACAAAUGCAAAACUUACUAAAUUAGAUUCUGAUAUUGUGAAUUUAGAUUAAGCUAUAGAAUAAGAAAAAUUGGAUAGAAUCAGAACAGAAAAAGAGAAUAUUGAAAAUAUUAAAGAAUCUAUUGAUUUUAUAUAUAUAUCUAAAAUACUAUUAGAAUUAUUUAGAAACCUUGAAUUAGAGAAAUAAACAAAAGUGGCAAAUGAAAAAAAAAUAUUAAAUACUAUUAAAGAUACUUCAUAAUCAAUUAAUUAAGCUAUCAAAAAUGAAGCCAUUGAAAAAGAAUAGAAACAUCAAGAGUUAAUCAAAAUAUUAAUUAUUCAUUAUAAUCUGAGAAUAGAUAUUCAGAAAAAUUUAGAAACAAUACAGUUAAAGAAUUUCAUUUAUAAAUGA